ACUCAAAACAUUUGGGCCGAAACCCACAAAGCCAUCGCCCCCAAAGUAGCACAACAUAAUUAUCCAUCACAUUCGAGAGUUGUUAUAUUUGUAGAGUACUAUCCAAGAAAUAAAACCCCUCUUUCAGCUCACACACAUCGAAUCAAAUCCCUCUUAUUAAUCUCCAAGCCAAUUAUUUUUCUCAAUUUCACUAAUUCGCUUCAUCAAAAUGGUGCUCGAGGCGACAAUGAUCUGCGUUGAUAACUCGGAGUGGAUGCGCAACGGUGAUUAUUCGCCUUCCAGGUUUCUAGCUCAAGCUGAUGCUGUUAAUCUCAUUUGCGGUGCCAAAACUCAGUCUAAUCCGGAGAAUACUGUGGGAGUGUUGACAAUGGCGGGGAAAGGGGUUCGUGUUUUGGUCACUCCUACUAGUGAUCUUGGAAAGAUCUUGGCGUGCAUGCACGGUCUUGAAAUUGGGGGUGAGAUGAACUUGGCUGCGGGAAUUCAGAUUGCUCAGUUGGCUCUUAAGCAUCGCCAGAAUAAGAAGCAGCAACAGAGAAUUAUCGUGUUUGUUGGGGGUCCAGUUAAGUAUGAUAAAAAGGUUCUUGAGAUGAUUGGAAGAAAGCUGAAAAAGAACAGUGUUGCACUUGAUGUUGUUAACUUUGGGGAGGAGGAUGAUGAUAAAACAGAGAAGCUUCAGGCCUUAGUUUCUGCUGUAAACAAUAAUGAUAGUAGUCACAUUGUUCAUGUUCCUGCUGGUGCUAAUGCUCUUUCGGAUGUGCUUAUAAGUACUCCUAUAUUUACUGGUGAUGGAGAGGGGGGAAGUGGGUUUGCAGCGGCGGCAGCAGCAGCUGCAGCUGGCGGUGUAUCUGGCUUUGAUUUUGAUGUGGAUCCCAAUGUGGAUCCUGAACUUGCUCUUGCCCUUAGAGUUUCAAUGGAGGAAGAAAGGGCUAGGCAAGAAGAAGCUGCUAAGAAGGCUGCAGAAGAAGGGGCACAGACAGAGAAGACAGGAGAACAAGCAUCCACUUCGCAAGAUGUAACCAUGGCAGGAACUGCUGCUCCUACAGCUUCUGAAACUGAGAAUAAGGCGGUUAAUUUAAUGGAUGAUGAGAACGCACUGCUACAGCAGGCACUUGCAAUGUCUAUGGAUGACCCUGCAGCUUCUGCUAUUAUGAGAGACACAGAUAUGUCAGAGGCUGCCGCUGAUGAUCAAGACUUGGCACUUGCUCUUCAGUUAUCUGUGCAGGGGGGUGCGGAAGAUGGAUCAAGUCAUAUGGACAUGAGUAAUGUGUUGGCGGACCAGACGUUUAUGUCAACGAUUCUUUCAUCACUCCCAGGAGUUGAUCCGAAUGACCCGUCUGUUAAAGAGUUGCUUGCUUCCAUGCAAAAUGCAAGUGAGCCUGAGCAUAAAAAAGAUGAGGACAACAAACCAGGAGAAGAGAAGUAAAAUCCUGUAGCAUAUGCCUGACCACAGGUCUCAGUUAAGCUACAGUGCCGCCUCUAGAAAAGGAAUGCUUGUUACUGCCGUUAAUGAACAAUAAUAGAGACUAAAAGCCGAUUCUUGUAUUUUCUAGUGUUACUCUGUUGAUGUAAUUUGGGAUCAUGAAUCUAUUUUAAUUUGUGGUGCUGAUAUGUGAUCUUUGUUGCUAUAAACGGUCUGGUAACAAGAGCCAGAAAAGUGUAUCUCGUCCUAGAUUGAAGAAUUUUAUUGCA